AUGGCUCAGAUAAACUGCACCCCCAUAAAAGAAUUCAUUCUGGUGGGCCUCACAGAUCGAAUGGAAUUGAACACGCCCCUCUUUGUGAUAUUCCUAUCCAUCUACCUCGUCACAUUAGUAGGCAAUCUAGGUUUGAUCCUAGUCAUUAGAACAACUGCAAGACUCAACACACCAAUGUACUUCUUUCUAAGCAACUUGGCUUUCAUCGAUUUCUGUUACUCUUCUGUCAUUACACCCAAAAUGCUUGGGAAUUUCUUGUACAAACAAAAUGUAAUCUCCUUCAAUGCAUGUGCUGCUCAAUUAGGCUGUUUCCUCACCUUCAUGGUAUCUGAGUGCUUGCUACUGGCUUCCAUGGCCUAUGACCGAUACGUGGCCAUUUGUAACCCUCUUCUUUAUAUGGUCAUGAUGUCCCCAGGAAUCUGCAUUCAGCUUGUAGUUGUCCCCUAUUGCUAUAGCUUCCUGAUGGCACUGUUUCAUACCGCCCUCACCUUUCGCCUCUCCUAUUGCCAUUCUAACAUCAUCAGUCAUUUCUAUUGUGAUGACAUGCCUCUCCUGAGGCUAACUUGCUCAGACACUCACUUCAAACAGCUAUGGAUUUUGGCCUGCGCUGGUAUCACAUUCAUUUCCUCUGCUCUGAUUAUCUUUGUCUCCUACAUGUUUAUUAUUUCCACCAUCCUGAGGAUGCGCUCAGCUGAAGGAAGAUGCAAAGCCUUCUCCACAUGUAGCUCCCACAUGCUGGCAGUCACCAUAUUCUAUGGGACUCUAAUCUUUAUGUACUUACAGCCAAGCUCAAACCAUUCUCUUGACACAGAUAAGAUGGCCUCCGUCUUCUAUACAGUUAUCAUUCCCAUGUUGAACCCCUUGAUCUACAGCCUCAGGAAUAAGGAUGUGAAAGAUGCCCUGAAAAAUGUCAUCAGCAGUAAGAAUCAGGCUUUUGUGCUCAGGAAAUUUAAAAAAUGA